AUGAAGUGGUGGCUUUUCCCCUUCCUGCUUUUCCUGGCCGUCUGGGCCAUGGAGCUCGAUCCAGACAGUUUCGACAGUGUCUGUGAAGUGGCCCAAAAUGUCGUGCAAGGUCAAAUUAACUACUACGAAGGUCUCUCGUACGGUGGUACCGUUGGUGAGUUCGUUGCGCCUUACUACUGGUGGCACGCCGGAGAAGUGUUUGGCGGUUGGGUUGACUACUGGCACUUCUGUAAGCCUGACAACGAGACUUUUGAGAAGAUCUUGUCUGAUGCCAUGUUGCACCAGGCGGGGUCCAAAUGGGACUACAUGCCCAGCAACCAGAGUAUGACUGAGGGUAACGAUGACCAGGGUAUCUGGGGUUUGGCGCUUUUGCAAGCUGCCGAGAGAAACUUCACCGACCACGAGGACCACUCCUGGUUGUCGUUGGCUCAGUCCAUUUACAACCAGAUGGUGUCCAGAUGGGACGACUCUACAUGUAACGGAGGUUUGAGAUGGCAGAUUUUCACCUGGAACUCCGGUUACAACUACAAGAACUCUAUCAGUAACGGUUGUUUCUUCCACAUUGCCGCUCGUUUGUACCGUUACACUGACGAUGAGAGAUACCUUGAGCAGGCAGAGAAGAUCUGGGACUGGAUGUGGGGCGUUGGUUUCAUGAAGUACAAGCAAGAAAGUGGUGACUUUAUCAUCUACGAUGGUGCCGAUGACCAGACUAACUGUACUGACUUGACUGUCCACAGAUGGUCCUAUAUCUACGGUGUGUUCCUUGGUGGUUGUGCUUACCUCUACAACUCCACUGGUGAUGACGUUUGGAAGGAAAGAGUGGACGAAAUUUUGGUGGCCACUGAGGACUACUUUUACAACAACUCCAUCUUAACUGAGAAGACAUGUGCCCCAUGGGGCAUGUGUAACACUGACCAGCGUUUCUUCCUCGCUCUUCUCACAAGAAACAUGGGUUUGACUGCUACUUUGAUCCCAUCGAUGCACGACCACAUCAGAGACGACAUGUUGAAGAAGAGUGCUGUCGCUGCCGCGCAGUCGUGUUCUGGUGGAUCAGACGGUGUUACUUGUGGCCAGAACUGGAACUACAACGGCUGGGACGGUAAGUAUGGUUUGGGUGAACAAACCAACGCUUUGGAAACAAUCUUGACAAUGAUCACUACAGAACACGUUCCAUACACAGCGGACACAGGAGGACUGUCAAAAUCGGUCCCGGACGCCGGCAAUCAUUCCACCACAUCGGUGAACAAUAACGUUUUCGAUGUGGAGACCAAAGAUAGAGCUGGAGCGGCCGUGUUGACGGCCGUGGUGUUGGGUUUGACGUUGUCCGGAGGUGUUUGGAUGUUAUUUUAA